GCAUCUCAGACGGUCAAGGACAUGCGAGCCAGCCAGCCAAACAACCUCAGUCUUCAGUGUACUCUGGUGGAGGCUUGACUGUGUUAUCUGCACCCUACACACUAAACAAGCUAGAAGCGACGUAGUAAGAUGCCUUUCCUGAAGCUCGACCUACACAACCACAUACUGCCACACACUUGGCCUAACCUGAAGGAACGUUAUGGAUACUCAGGCUUCAUUCAGCUUGAUCAUACUUCCUGCGCUUCACCAGGAAAGGCCAAUAUGAUAAAAGAUGGUCAGCUCUUCCGUGUGGUUGAGGAGAACUGUUUCAACGCCACGGCUCGUAUACGAGACAUGGACGACACCGGGGUCACUGUACAGGCUCUGUCAACUGUUCCUGUCAUGUUCAGCUACUGGGCCAAGCCAGAUGAUACACUAGAUUUAAGUAGGUUACUGAAUGACGACAUUGCUAAAACAGUGACACAGCAUCCACGUAGAUUUGUUGGCCUUGGCACAGUACCUGCUCAGGCUCCUGAACUUGCUGUCGAGGAACUUAAACGACUUAAGGCUGACCUCCGCUUCAGUGGCAUCCAGAUUGGUUCACAUAUUAAUGACUGGAACUUAGAUGCUAAGGAGCUGUACCCUUUGUGGAAAACUUGUGAAGACCUGGAUCUGUCAGUAUUUGUACAUCCGUGGGACAUGCAGAUGGGAGGACGUCACAGCAAGUUCUGGCUACCAUGGCUGGUAGGGAUGCCUUCAGAAACAACCAUUGCUAUCACCAGCAUUUUAAUGGGCAACAUAUUUGAACAGUUUCCAGGGUUGAAAGUGUGCUUCGCUCACGGAGGAGGGUCGUUCCCCUUCACGGUGGGACGUAUUCAACACGGAUAUAACGUGCGUCCUGAUCUAUGUGCCACCGAGUGUAACAGUCCCCCACGUUCCUACCUGGGCAAGUUUUGGUGUGACAGUCUUGUACAUGAUGCUGACGCCCUCAAGUUACUUAUAAAGGUGAUAGGAGAACGUCGCGUCGUCCUAGGUUCUGACUACCCAUUUCCUCUGGGAGAGCAGCACCCAGGGAAGCUCGUUGAAAGCUCAGAUCUUCCCGAUUCUCUAAAGAAACAAAUUCUGUUUGACAAUGCCCUCGAAUUCCUUAAUCUAGAGGCAUCACAAUUUUCAUAGUGGUAACUUAGCGGCACACUGAAUGGUACUGCAGGUUUAAUAAACUAGACUCGAAAUGGUGAGAGCUUUCACUAGGUUUAAUUAAUUUUUCUUGUAAUCUCAGUAAUAAUCAUAAAUCAUACAUAUUACAGUUUUGUAUUCAACUCUGAUAUUUUAUAUUAUUCUGGUAUGUCUAUGCGCUUCUAGGAAGACAACUAGUGAAUGUGUGAUGGUGAAUCUUUCCUUCAUGGAGUCACCCCUAACUCUGUGGGAAGCGGCCGUUCUGGCAGACAAAAAAGUAUGAGCCAACAGUUCCUAAAUGUAUAAUAAAGCAGUGCUUCAUGAAAUACGUAAAUUCAGAGUGGAGAAGAGCCAAGUGUAAUCAGGUGGAUAAAUACGAUACUUUUAUAUAAUAUCCUGCUCUGAGCACUGUGCCUCGAGUUUUUUCUUGGGUUAUCCUGAGUAAUUCUCGACCAGAGCUGAGAGGAAACUUACUUGCAGUCACUUCGAGCCCCAUCCCAUCAAGAGGGUAAGGCGGUGACUUGCUUGCUUGUUCACCCCUCUCUUCCCCAUCCCUCAACCUUCCCCAUCCUCCCCUCACCCAAACAUCUACACUGGCCCACACACUAACACGCUGCUUACACUGCUAUCCUUCUGCCUUUCCUGUCUUCUUUUUCGGCAACUUCGCCUUCGGCGAGUAAACACAAGGCAUUUUGACCAUCCGGUAGCCCGUGUGGUUUUUUAAAAUCCGGCCGAUCUUUGCCUUGGGCCCUGUGUCCCCCUCACCACUCGAGGGUAGGCUAUCUUAGGGGCUGACCUUCAUAAGUCAGCUGACUUAGGAUGUUCAGGGCUACCACCAAGGAAAGCCUUUCUUGUUAAAGCAACUUCUGUGUCAGAUGUACCUUCCUGGACAUCAUGGCACGAAUACGAGUACGAAUACGUGUCGUUGACAAUCAAAAGUCUAAUAAAGAAAUUCUCGAAUGUAUUUGUUCAUAUUCAACUGUUGCUCCAGUGGAUGUUUUUCAAACCCACUCUGGGGCAGUACUUCUCCUCUCCUCUGAAGAAGAGUUACUCCAACCGCUUAAGCAUGAAGUUCUUGAGAAAUUGAAGACUUUGGGUAUCGUCCCCAUUGCACCUGAUGGCUAUCAAGCCCAACGAACUGUCUUUGUGGCGAGAAUUAACAGCUUCAUGGGAGACAGCUCUGUGGAGGAACUUAUUGCACAAUUUAAUCAGGAAAAUUCUGAAUUUAAGGUUCUCCAUGCGUAUAAAUUUUCUAAACAUGCCAGCAACCAGGUAACAUUAAAAUUAAUCCUGGAGACACCUGAUGCAGCCAAACUCGUAUGUCAAAAUGGUUUCAAAUGUUUUGGCACCAGAUGUACACCUGACCAAAUCUCUCUUGAACGGUUUGUUAGUGUUACACAGCGUUUCAAAUGUUAUGCAUUUGGCCAUACCACCAAUAAAUGCAGUAGCCAACCAACAAUUUGCAGCAUAUGCUCUGGUGAGCAUUCUUUUCUAGACUGCCAUGCCAAAACUAAUCCCAAGUGUGUCCUUUGCAAUGGAAAACACCAUGCUGUUUCCCCUAUCUGUCCUGAGAGGAAAAAGGCAACCCAGAAAAUUCUAGACGCCAAGAAACUAUCAAAUUCUUCGAAGACCGCUCCCCAGGUACCUCCAAUAAUGUCCGAGGAUUCUUUCCCGGCUCUGCCUGGAUCUAGUAGAACUCCUCGGGCUUCAUCUACCGGCUCCAAUGUUUGGACUUCUGCCCCUCCUGGAGUGCCCCACUCUCCCCCUAACCCUCACCUACAACACACAGCCACAAGGUUCUUUCUCACUCCCCAUGUCUCAGGAGUUCUCAGACGGGGAUAUGACGAGAGCUCAACUAAUGUACAUAUUGGCCAAGGAUAUAGCAGGUGGUGAUAUUCAACUCUGUUCUAAUGUUUUCAGUGAUUUGUUAAGGGCUAAUGGGAUCCGUCUGCAGCGCUGUAUAGCCCUUGUGGCUUAGCGCUUCUUUUUGAUUAUAAUAAUAAUAAUGGGAUCCGUCCCAUUAAAAUCCCAGACAAUGUUAAGUUUAUUAUGGCUCUGCCCCCUCAAGAUAGGAUGUAUGUGCCCUACUGAUACAGCUAGCAAGAUAAACGACUUCUUCUCAAACAUAGGAUCUAAUCUCGCCAGUAAAAUCCCACAUACCAAUGCCCGUGCCGGGGACUACCUAGAUG